AUGGGCUCUACCCCGAUCGCUGGCGCCACGGCCAGUGCUGCCCCCAAUGCCAAUAGCCGCAACGCCAGCGCGAGGAGUUCGCCCGCCGUCGGUGGCCCUGGUGCCAACGGCUCCUUGCCCAAAGAUAAGAUCAACUCCAACGGAUACCACCCCGCGAACCCCCACAAGCCCCUCAGCACCCUCGUCAGCCCGCCCCUGGACAUGUCGACAGUCGAGCGUCGCGGCCAGCCAAGCGCCGUCCCAGAACCUACCAAGCCUCGCAUCCGGCCCCUGGGCAUCGAGGAGGCCCCGACAUACUUCCCCACCGAAGCCGAGUUUCGUGAUCCACUGGAAUACAUCAAGAAGAUCUCGCCAGAGGCCUCGCGCUACGGCAUCUGCAAGGUCGUCCCGCCCGAUUCGUGGAACCCUACGUUUCCCAUUGAUACCGAAAAAUUCCACUUCAGAACUCGAAAGCAGGAGCUCAACUCAGUCGAAGGAAGCACGAGGGCCAAUCUCACAUACCUGGACGGUCUCACGAAAUACCACAAACAGCAGGGCAGCAAUCUUCAUCGCCUGCCGUAUGUCGACAAGAAACCCCUCGAUCUGUACCGACUCAAGAAGGCUGUCGAAUCCCGCGGAGGCUUUGAUAAAGUCUGCAAGCUCAAGAAGUGGGCUGAGAUUGGUCGUGAUCUUGGGUAUAGUGGCAAGAUCAUGUCAUCGCUGUCGACAUCGCUGAAGAACUCGUAUCAGCGCUGGCUGUGCCCUUACGAAGACUAUCUGCGCGCUGCCAAGCCUGGUGUCCACCAACAGCUGGAGGCAGAAUAUGGCGGGCCCUUGACCCCUAGCCCUGCAGUCACCCCGGUCAAGAGGUCUACCGUCAACACGCCCAUGGGGACCGGCGGGAACUCGCCGACACAGCAGACCUCCGAUGUCCUGCAGACGGGUCUCAACGGUAUCAAGGACGAGGCGCACGACACGCCCAUGCCCGAUGCCAGACCUUCGCCCGUUGCUCGCGUCCCCUUGCCUGGGUUCGCCACCGUCAAUUCCGGCUUCACCAGCGUCAACCGUCCUGCCAACCGAGAUAGCCUCGGCUUGACGCCCGAACCCGCCCGCAACGGCACCCCUGCAGCGUCUGCCAGAAACACACCCGAGGCGCGCCCGUCGGCCCUGGGCUCUGCGGCCGUGCUGAAGCGUCAGCAGAGCUGCGACAGCCUCUCCGAAUCAGCCAAGAAGGACGCCGAGGCCGACAGUGCAGAGGGCUCUAACCGCCGAAGCAAGCGACUCAAGCGAGAGGUCGCUCCCACCGUGGCCGGCUCAUACAUGUCGCAAUUUCGCCCCUCAGUGCCCCGCGUCCCGCGCGAAGAGGAUAUCCCCGUCGGCGAGAAGUGUGCGACGUGUGGGAAGGGCGACAGUGGUGAACAGCUCAUCGAGUGCGAAUCAUGCGACAACUCGUACCACCUGCAGUGCCUGGACCCACCCCCGAAGCGUAAGCCCGAUGCGGAGUGGAACUGCCCGCGCUGCCUAGUUGGCGACGGAUACUUUGGCUUUGAGGAGGGAGGCCUGUACUCGCUGAAGCAGUUCCAGCAAAAGGCCAACGACUUCAAGCAGGGCUACUUCGAGGCCAAGAUGCCAUCCGACCAGAAGGGCGAUGGCCACCGCCCCGUCACCGAGGAGGAUGUGGAGAAUGAGUUCUGGCGGUUGGUGACGGACCUGGAGGAGACCAUCGAGGUCGAGUACGGUGCCGACAUUCACUGCACCACUCACGGGUCCGGCUUCCCGACGCUCGAGCGCCAACCCAGCGACCCUUACUCGUCCGACCUGUGGAACCUGAACGUGCUGCCCUUCCAUCCUGACAGCUUGUUCCGGCAUAUCAAGUCUGACAUCUCGGGCAUGACAGUGCCGUGGGUCUACGUCGGAAUGAUCUUUUCUACGUUCUGCUGGCACAACGAGGAUCACCUAGCCUACUCGGCCAACUACCAGCACUUUGGCGCCACCAAGACGUGGUACGGAAUCCCAGGAGAGGACACGGAAAAGUUUGAGGCAGCCAUGCGGGAGACGGUGCCGGAGCUCUUCGAGACGCAGCCGGACCUGCUGUUCCAACUCGUCACGCUACUGACGCCCGAGCAGCUCAGGAAGGCCGGCGUCAGGGUCUACGCGGUAGACCAGCGCGCGGGACAGUUUGUCCUCACUUUCCCCAAGGCUUACCAUGCAGGCUUCAACCAUGGCUUCAACUUUAACGAGGCCGUUAACUUUGCCCCGAGCGACUGGGAGCCGUUUGGCUACGAAGGCGUGGAGCGGCUGCAGAUGUUCCGGAGACAGCCGUGCUUCUCGCACGAUGAGCUCCUCUGGACCGCCGCGGAGGGUAGCUCUCAAGGGCUGACAAUUCAGACAGCAAAAUGGCUGGCACCGGCUCUGGACCGUGUGCGCAAGCGCGAGUCAUCGCAGCGUAGGGACUUCAUCGACAAGCACCUCGAAUCCAAUCCCCACCGGUGCCGCACCUUUGGCAGGGGCGACGACGCGUGCCCACUCACGUUUGAGACCAUCGAUGAGGACGUGGCGGAUGAGAACGAGCAGUGCUGCGCGUACUGCAAGGCGUUUGCGUACCUGUCGCGCUUCAAGUGCCUGAAGUCCGGCAAGGUGCUCUGCAUCGCCCACGCCGGGCACCACGCCUGCUGCGACCGCCCCGAGUCGGAGAGGCUCUUGGGCCUCGACCACGUGCUCAUCUACCGGAAGACGGACGAGAUGCUCACGGAAGCACACACCAAGGUGACGGAGAAGGCACACAUCCCGGACCUAUGGGAGAAAAAGUACCAGAAGCUGCUCGAGGAAGAGCCACGGCCGUCGCUCAAGUCCCUACGGGCCCUGCUACACGAAGGAGAGCGCAUAUCCCAUGACCUGGAUGCCAUCCCCGUUGUGAAAGAGUUCGUCGAUCGCUGCAAUGACUGGGUUGAGGAAGCAACCACUUACCUGAUACGGAAACAACAGAAUCGCCGAAAGAAUGAGCGAGUAUGGCAGAAUGGAAGCCGAAGGUCGAUAGGAUCGGCACCGGCACCGGCCUCGUCGACGUCCAUGGCACAGCAGGACCAGCCACUACCACCGCCGCCGCCACCCCACCAGCUCAAGGAGAAAGAGUCGCGAAACGUGUCCAACAUCCACCGGCUCCUCCAAGAGGCCGAGCACAUCGGAUUCGACUGCCCUGAGAUACACCAGCUCCGGGACCGCGCCGAGGCAAUCGAAAGUUUCCGGGAGACGGCGUCACGCUUCCUCGCCAACAAGGCCGCCAUCGCCAUGGAGCCGUGCCUGGAGCUCCUGGAGGAGGGUCGUUCCUUCAACGUCGGCAUACCCGAGCUCGACGGGCUGUCACGGGUGCUCGAGCAGAUGCAGUGGGACGACAAGGCGCGAUCCAGCCGCAAGAUGCUGCUGUCGCUCAGCGAAGUGCAGAGCCUCAUAGAAGAGGGCAGGCGGCUGGAGAUUCCGGCGUACAACGACCACCUGCAGUUCUGGAGCGAGCAGCUUCGGGCGGGCGAGGAGUGGGAGAAGAAGGUCAAGGAGCUGAUACAGGCCGAGUUUGUGCACAUAGGGCAGCUUGAGGCGCUGUCGGGGCAGGUGCAGGCGCGCGCGCUGCCCGUCUCAGGCGAGACGCAGAGGGCCGUCGACGGUAUCCUGCACAAGCAACGCGAGGCCCACCGCCUGGUCCAGGACAUGGCGGCGCGGUGCGCCAGUUCUGAUUUCAGGGAAAGGCCAAAAUACGCCGAGGCCGUCGAGAUGAUGAGGAACUUUGACGACCUGCACGCCAAGCCCAACGGCGCCAUCGACAUGGAGAAUGAGCGGAAGCGGCACGAGGACUGGAUGCGCAAGGGGAAGAAGCUGUUUGGCAAGUCCAACGCCCCGCUGCACAUACUCAAGAGCCACCUGGAGCAUGUCCUCGAACGAAACAGAGACUGCUUCGACACGGUCUACGAUACACCUAGAAUGCCCGGUGAGCCGGUGUCCAGGGAGGCGAGCCCAGAAGGCGGUGCUGUCGGUGCCGCUGGUGCCGAGGCCGUUGCUAAGGCCGAUGCCGAGGCUGGGGCGAGUCGUCCUGAAGAGGGUAGUGGUCGGCCAAGACAGGUGUUUUGCAUCUGUAGAAAGAUGGAGGCCGGCAUGAUGAUUGAGUGUGAGCUCUGUCAUGAAUGGUACCACUACAAGUGUCUCAAGAUUGCCCGCGGCAAAGUCAAGGAAGACGAGAAAUAUACGUGUCCGAUCUGCGACUGGCGGAUGAAGAUCCCACGGGACGCCUCACGACCUAAGCUAGAGGACCUGGUGGCACUGGUAGACGAGAUCCAAACGCUUCCCUUCCAGCCAGAAGAGGAAGAGGUACUGCGACAGAUCAUCGACAACGCGCAGGGGUUCCGCGAGCACAUCGCUCGGUUCUGCAACCCUAUCGUCUCGACGGAAGCCGAGCUGAGCACGCAGCGGUUCUACCUGCGCAAGCUGGAGGGCGCCGAGGUGCUCCUCGCUUACGAGACCAACUUCUUCCGACAGGAACUGCACAAGCUAUGCCCCGUGGCACCAGAGGCGCCACCCAUCCUCGAGGUGUCGCUCAGCACGCGCAAGCCCCGACCGACGAAACUGCAGAAGAUGCUGGCCGAGUACGGCGUGGACAACCCGGACGACCUGCCCGAGCACGCAAAGGGAAAGGCCAACAGCCUGCGUCGCAAGGCGGCCAACGCGGAGGCGGCGGCGGCGGCGGCGGCAGCAGCGCAGGCGUCCUCGUUGUCAGGGGGCACACGUCCGCCCACGUCGUCGCACAGCGCGUACCAGCCCCUAUACUCCGGAUCGUCACUCCCCCCCGGCCGCUCGGGGCGGUCCACGUCUCUGUCGGAGGAUGACCGCCUGCACUCGGACCCGAUGGAUCUGGACGGGACGUCGUCGGUCCUGAACGGCGCGCAGUUACUGGAGGACAGGGUCCUACGAGGCGAGGUUGACGACGCGGAGCUCAACAAGGAGGAGGGCAAACGCAAGGCGCUCGAGAUGCUGAGCCACCCGGAGCAAGGGCGCAGACAAGUCCAGAGGAUCUGGGGGGCGGAUGUGUUGGGACGUCAGCAGCAGUCACGCAGAUCGACCAGCUCCGCAGCACCUGCCGAGCCUGCAGCAGCACCGGUAGCAGAAGGAAAUGGUGAUGAUGAAGGAACCUCUGCCAAGGGCGGUGACGUCGAUCAGAUGCCUAAGGGUGUGGCGAAUCAGGACGACGUGGACAAGGUGACGAAAGAAGAAGCAGUGCCGUCUAAGGGCGAUGGAUCGGAUUGA